UAGGCGUCGCGCGUCCGCCUUUCGGAAAACUGGCGUCCGCGCGCGUGUGCCGGACGACGCGAAAGUUUGCACAAACUCGAACGCGCAGGCAGCGGGCAUCGUUCGCCGACAGCGUUCGCUUCGCCGCUAUGGAACGGAAUAUUUUCGACGCGUAGCGUGGCGCGACGCGACGCGCGCGGCGGAAGUUGCGUUCCGUUCGGUUCGCGGAGCGGGUGAGUCAUCGCGUCGGCGUUGGCUGCGCAAGCACCGACAAACCUCGUUCGACGUCGCCGAGAUCUGGCAACAUGGUUUGAGCAAACGCGUAGCAUUCUCAAAGGCACGACGCGUGUACGCGACCGGCGAUUGCAGUAGGAGCAGUGGCUUCUCGUCGGUCGUCGAGCGUGGUCGUUUCUGCUCUGUUCGCAUCGCGAUAUUCAGACCAUACUCGACUCUCUUCUCCGUUGUUCUCUCUUGUUCUCUCUUGUUCUCUGUUGUUCUCUGUUGUUCGGUUCGGUUCGGUUCGGUUCGGUUCGGUUCGGUGUCCACGAUACCGCCAAAAACCUUCAAAACGGAGCGGUGGAUAGCAAACAGAAUGGCGAGUCCCGACUUGAUCGGAUACACGCACGACUUUCUUACCGAGUUCAUUCAACUGUACCGAAGUUUCCCCUGCUUGUGGCAGGUCAGGUACAAGGGAUACAAAGACAGGCUGCUGAGAAACCGCGCUUACGACGCCCUCGUGCUGAAGCUGAGGGAGGUGAAUCCGGUCGCGGACAAAGAGACCGUAAUUAGAAAGAUCAACACUUUGAGAACCGCGUUCAGGCGAGAGUACAAAAAGGUCCGGAGCUCCCACAGGAUGGUUAAAAAUCCUCGGCUGCGGUACAGAUCCUCCUUAUGGUACUACGACAUAUUAAAAUUCGUUGCCGAGCAGAACGAGGGAUCUUCGGCGGAAGAAGACAGGGAUAUCGUUAAGAAUCCGACGAUCCCAAUGGACGGCUAUCAGGAGCCAAUGUUCGUUCAAACCGAGGUGGACAAGAUCGAACCGCCGUCUCCGGUGCCCUCGCCCGAAGCUAGUCCGGACCCGAACUUCCAGCCGGUGAUCCUCGAGACCGAAGGCUCCUAUGCGAGAAGAAUAUCGUCGUCAGUGUCCGGCGUGGACGUUUUCAAAAAGAAGCUGCAGCAAGAGAACUACCAGGACCGUCAGUCGAACGACCCGACGCGCGAAGCGUCGCCGAGGCCGUUCGCGGCCUGCGUCACGGACGACGAGUUCGACACGUUCGGUCGUUACGUCGCGAAUAAACUCCGGAAAUCGAUGCCCCGGCAGAGCAUCAUCGCCGAGAAGAUCAUCGCCGACGUCCUCCUGAGAGCGAACCUCGGCACCUUGGACGAAACCACGUCCCUCACGGAGAAAGUACCUUCUCGUUGUUUCCUGGUGAUGGGCGAUCGCUAAACGACCGCUCUCACCUUCGGUCGUCCACCUUUUCGUUUCCCCUCUCGGUCCCGUGCUCCUGGAAACAUUCUGCGCGACGCGCGAGUACGUCUUUUUCGCUAAAGCGGCAGGAAAUCCGAUUUCCGAGUACUCGCGCGCGCGACUGUAGAAAAAUGCGGGUCGCAGUGCGGACCAACCGAAACUGGCCAUCGGCCAAUCGAAUCCUCGUUUCCUCCGCGUAGACGAACGAUCCGCGAACCCAGGAGAACGCGCCGUUCCUCGAUAGGGUUGCCCGAUUCCCGGCACUUCCCUCGUCGAAAUCUGUUAAAAACUUGCAAAAAUAUCGAAUGAUUCAUGCCGAGUCUACCCCAGAAACUUGCAACUUUCCCCGCUUUUCCACAGUCGAUAAAGUUCGCGCGAACACUUUACGCGGCGAAAUUACGUCCCUUAACUCUCUCUCGUAAAUCGCUCGAAACCCGAAACUCGCAACUCGAAACUUUUGCAAUAACGGUUUCGUCGGUUUCAUAAAUUGGUUUCUGGUUAUUACGGUUAAACGACUUAUAGCGUGACGUAGCGUCGACUUUUCGACCAGCUACCUCGACAUGCACGUUGUUCUCUUCCGCUGCGCUGUUUCCCUGGGACGAGUAUACUUCGUCGACGACACC